UAGUCGCCGUCGGCGCCUUUUCUCCGUCUUCGUCUCCUCUUCUCAGGUCUCUCCUAGGGUUUUGGAUUUGGGUGAAAAAAAGAAGAAGAAGAGAUGUGGUUCCUCUGCGUCUUCUACCACAGGCUACUAGACUUCAGAAAGCCAGAGGUGGAAGCUUUAGCCGAGCUCUUCGGAGAGGAGGAUGAGUCUCUCCAAUGGCGUCUUCCCGAACAUCACCAUAACGAUACUCCAUUCCACUUCGUUCGACUUUCUUCCGAAGAAAUCGCACAGAACAUCGCCAAGCGAAGCAUUUUGGUGAAGGGAAUGUACGAGCUUUGGGGUGAAGGAACUUGCUACGAAGAGCUUAAAGACUCCAUCGAAACCUUCCCUGAUUCUCGCAAGCUCCCCUUUCUCGCUUCUGACUCCACCUUUAGGAUUUCCGUUGAAACUUUCGGAAAGGCUCUGACUUUCGAUGAGCAGAAGGAGAGGAUCCAUUCACUUACUUAUAUCCCCUUUGAGGGGAAGGUUAACUUGAAGAACCCAGAUCACAACUUUUUCCUCAUGGAGAUGGAUGAAUCUGAAGAGAGCAAUGGACUCCCACCUAUUGUUCAGAGAAGGAUCUUUUUUGGGAGGGAGGUUGGUUUUGCUGACAGGAAGCUUUUGCCUACUUUUCAGCUCAAGUCUCGUACUUACCUUGGCCCAACUGCUAUGGACGCUGAGAUGGCCUUCUUGAUGGCUAAUCAAGCGAAAGCUGCAUCUGGGAAACUUGUGUAUGAUCCUUUUGUUGGUACAGGGAGCAUUCUUGUUUCUGCUGCGCGUUUUGGCGCAAUGACAAUGGGUGCAGAUAUUGAUAUCAGGGUAGUGCGUGAUGGACGUGGUCCAGACUGUAAUGUUUGGAGCAAUUUCAAGCAGUAUGGACUACCUGCGCCAGUUGCUUUGCUUAGAAUGGAUAAUAACGUUCCUCCUUGGCGUUCCGGGCUUAAGGAGAUAUUUGAUGCAAUUAUUUGUGAUCCACCUUACGGAGUUCGAGCUGGUGGACGCAAAUCCGGUGGCAGGAAGAUCCUUAGAGGGACAGUGGAUCCUUACACUGUUCCAGAGGACAAAAGAAGUGGCCACAUUCCAUCCACCGGAGCAUAUAGUCUAGUGGAGUGUGUUCACGAUCUUCUUCACCUUGCUGCAAGAAUGCUGGUGAUGAAAGGAAGGCUCGUCUUUUUCUUCCCGGUUCUGAGAGAUGAGAGUGGCAGUGAGGUUAAGUUUCCCGAGCACCCGUGUUUCAAGUUGGUUGCUGUCUCUGAACAGAUCUUGAGCUCGCGUUACAGUCGGGUUUUGCUUACAAUGGUGAAAGUAGAGCCUUAUAGUGAAGAGAUUGAAGAAGCUGCUCGUUUAAUGCAUUUAGAGUUUAGAGAGAAUCAUCUUAAGUGGCUAGAGGAAGGUAAUAUCCAUUCCUCUGUGUUUAAACCUUCUACUGAUGCUUCCCAGAUUCAUACCGAGUCCAAAUCCUUUAAAGAUCCUAAACCUAAGUAUAGAGGGAAGUAUGUUUAACAGAACAGUGUAAGCAUCGAGUAUUGUGUUCUUUUUGUUGUAUUUUGGUUGAUUUAUGCUUUAAACGCUAUUCUGACUUUGUUGUGGAGAUGUUUUUUUUCUUUUCCAGUACAAAUUAACUUUUGAGUU